AUUUUCCAAGCGCACCGGAAACAGCGUAGGGUUAUAGAGCAUCAAGAUCUUCUGAACUUGUAAGUCGAAGUUUAUCUUUGCGUUUGUCUUUUAAAUAAACUGCGAAGACGAUACUGAUUAUAAAUCAUCGGUGUAAAGCGCACAAUCACUAUUACACGCGUCUUCUAAACGUGACUAGUUGAUGUACGUUAAGUGAAUGGCGGGAGAUUAACGUGUUUCAUCAUUGGAUUUGCUAGUGAAUGAGCUGUCAGCAAACGUCUUGGGAUCCUCCACAGAGUAGAGAAGAUGUUGAGAAAUGCCUCUGCGCAGAUACUUAAACAGCUCGUCCGGCACAGGACUACAGAUGCAAAUCUGAUCCUGGAGAGAUCUAUUAACCGUGUGCAGCUGCUGGGGCGCGUGGGACAGGACCCCGUCAUGAGACAGGUGGAGGGCAGAAACCCCGUCACCAUCUUCUCCAUGGCAACAAACGAGAUGUGGCGGUCAGGGGAGGGAGAACCCAUGAGUACAGCAGGAGAUGUCAGCCAGAAAACAACAUGGCACAGAAUCUCAGUAUUCAAACCAGGCCUCAGAGACGUGGCGUAUCAGUAUGUAAAGAAAGGGUCUCGGAUUCUUGUGGAAGGAAAGCUUGACUAUGGAGAGUACACGGAUAAAAACAACGUCAGGCGACAGGCAACAACUAUUAUCGCAGAUAAUAUUGUGUUUUUAAGUGAAAAUCUGCGAGACCAGUAAUGAAGACACCUUCCCAGACUUUAGGAACCAAAAGAAGAUAUUUUAUAUAGUGUUACUGUGCUCACUGAUAUUAAACUCUGAGUAUCAUUCUGUCCAGUUUUAACAGUCAUACAUAGACAUACAGUAAGAAGUGAUGUUUGUAUGAUUGUGUCAUGCUGUCUUAUUUCUGACAGAGGGCGCUGACAGAUGCACUUUGACAUGAAACACUUUCCAGAGCCAUGAACUGGAUUAGACUCUCUUUAUAUAAGGGGAAAAAAAAGCUAAAUCCCCCCCAUUGACUUGUGAAAAAUAAAAGCAUCCUAUCUGAAGUUAUUUGUAACCAAAUCACUUCCAGUUUGUUGUAAUGUCAUGCUAAUGUUCUCAAAUAAAUGUAAUAGUUUGUCAGUAAAGGAUUUGUUUUGAAUACUUAUGUCUAUAUGAUGUGACGUAAAAUGUACAGGACUUGUAAUAAACCUUCUGGUUUCAGAAAUUUAGGUUUUGAAA